AUGACUACUGAACUUAAACAGCAACGUGCUAACACGAAGAAGAAUAUAUCUCGGAUCAGGAGUAUCAUAGAACGAAAUGCAAAAUCAGACACAACGGUUUUAUCGCCUAUUGAACUAAAAUGCUGUUUAGGUAUUUUGGAAUCGUAUUUCACGCAGCUAAUGAGCUAUCAAACUCGAAUUGAAGAAUUGGAACCUGAAGACAAUAUGAGAGAGCAACUAGGUGAGGAUUUGCAUAUGUCGUUACGAGAUCACACGUUUUCACCUGUCUCAUCAAAUACGAGAUUGUCACCUUUGAAAUUGCCGUCGUUUAGUGGAACAUACUCCGAAUAUAAAAAUUUUAUUUCGUCUUUUAAUCAAAUCAUUGACAGAGAAGUUGGAUUGUCAAAUAUUGAAAAAUUUAAUCAUUUGUUAAACUGUUUACAUGGACAAUCUUUGGAUACCGUACAAGUUUUUCAAGUUAGUAACGAAAAUUAUCCAAAUGCACUUCAGAGAUUGAAGUCCUGCUAUGAUAAUAGCAGCUUAAUUUUUAUGGAAAAUAUUGCUUCACUGUUUGAAUUGCCACAUACAUCAAGGCAAAGCUGUAGUCAACUUAGGAGCCUGGUUGACAAUGUAUCUGCAAUCUACAAUUCGCUGCGCUCAAUUGGCUCCGACAAGCAAAUUUCAAAUGCAAUGCUAAUUUACUUGGUAAUGCAAAAGGUGGAUGAUAGUUUAAAAAAUAAGUGGAAGAAAUCUCUUGACUUUAAUUCUUUGCCUUUAUGGGAAGACUGCGCUAAGGUUCUGGAAAGACGCUGCCAAUUUCUUGCAUCGAUUGAAACGCCACUUCGGUCUCAAGACAUAAUUCGUAGGAAUGACAACAAGUUUUCUAAAAAGAUCGAUAAGCAUCAAUCUCGUCAAAAUUGCUCAUUUGUUUGUACUAAACGCACUUGUCCGUUGCGUGACAGUACUGAUCACAUUAUUACUGCUUGUCAGCGCUUUAACAAUAUGUCCGUUCCGGAUCGUUUCAGAAAUGUGAAAAGACUUUCUCUCUGCAUAAGCUGUUUAUUUAAAAAUUAUAAAGUUACUCAGUGUACAUCUACUUUCAAAUGCAAGAUUUGUUCACGGUCUCAUCAUACAAUGCUUCAUCGAGCUCAAAAUACAUCAAGUACGUUUUUGGUAUCGCCAGCACCUCAACCUACGGUGCAAACUACAUCUCUGUUGUUCAUACUCUUAUUACCGCGUGAAAGACAUAACAUACAAAUCAGUAGUAUUGGUGACACAAAUACAAGGAUAAAACAUAAAACCUCAACUAAUAUAAAAUCUCGCUUUGCUGAUUUCGAAAUUCCACUUGAUUUUUGCAUCACUUCUCAUAUUUCGUACCAGCCUCAAUCACAAAUUGAUAUUACUUCUUGGAAUUUACCAGCAAACACUAAGCUUGCAGAUGAAAACUUUUAUAAAUCAAAUCGUAUCGACCUAUUAUUAGGGACAGAGACAUUCUUCAAUAUACUUUCCGUAGGACAAAUUAAACUUAGAGAUAACUUACCUACGCUUCAAAAAACAUUGCUUGGUUGGGUUGCGUCAGGUAAGUAUAAUUCUGACACUCCAUUUUCAACUAAAUCUUCUGCUUGCUUACUUUCUUGUGAAGAAGCCAUUAAUUUUAAUCUCGAACAGUUGUGGAAAUUAGAUGAAAUUAGUUCUACACCUGAGCUGACUGAUGAAAAAUCUAAUUGCGAAGCUGAAUUUUGUAACACUCUUUCACGCAAUGCUAUUGGAAGUGUAGUUGUUCGAUUACCAUUUAAGGAUACAUUAAGUUCACUUGGACCUUCACGAGAUAUCGCUUUUCGAAGAUUAACUGUAUUGGAACGUCGCUUGUCACGUAUGCCAGAAAUAAAGGCACAAUACGUUGCAUUUAUGAUUUGUUAUGUAGGCCUGGGAGGGAAUAAAAUAUUAAUACCACAAGUAAUAAUAGUCAAAUAA